GAUGGACGCGUAACCGGGAGGCGGAAGUGCUCGUAAAUCGAGGAAACCUGGUUACCUUCGCGAGGUUAUACCUGGCGCGCACACAUCGUGAAUGUCACGUGAAUUCAUUCGCGGAUCCGCCGUUGUGUUCUGGCGGGACGGAAAGCACCGUUGUCGCCAGAUAAGAGCGGAUCAAAUAGCAGUUAUGUGGCAAGUGACACAUUUAAAGCGUAGGAAUACAAGACGUCGCUCAUGACAUCAUCAAUCCUGUUUACUCGUAUUCUGGACCGCGGGCACGCCCUAUCCUCCGUGUUUCUCUUAUAAUUAUACUGAUUGCGGUUAAUUUGUUAUGGGCUCAACAUGACGAUCGUGGGAAACAUGGAGAGGGUAACGAUGUUGCUUCUCUGAUUAUUUAGGACUCUAGAUAUUAUUGGUGAUUGACCAUCUUUAAUAGUACAUCAUCUUUGGUCUAAAGCUUCAAAACAAGAUUUCUUUCGGUGAUAAAUUUGUCGAAUUUUUAAUUGAAAUGAUCGAAGAACACGACGAACAAGAAACAAUAUGCGAUUCAGUGAAUUCACUGGUUGAAGGUUGUCGUUUACCAGUCAGAAUGUUUACCACGGAUGAUUGGCCUCUUGCCGAAAUCAUCAGUGUCAAAGAAGUACAAGGUGUCAAAUGUUAUUAUGUACAUUAUGUGGAUUUCAACAAACGAUUAGAUGAAUGGGUCAUGGAGGAUUGUUUGGAUACUAGGAAAGUCCAAUAUCCUCGUCGUGAAGGAACGACACCAGGAACUGGUGCAGCAACACCAAAAAAGCAGGCUGCUAGUAGACCUCCUAGUCCGAGUAGUGUUAGUAAUGAACCAGUUAAUGGUAAUGCUGUGCUACAAGCUGCACUGCAAAAGAAAAUGUCUAGAAAAAGAAAGGCGACAUUUCUAGAAAAUGAAGAUUCUCAGGAUGGUCCGCCACAAACACCUGCACCAAACACACCAGGUCCUAGACCUACUGGCUCCCUAGUAGCGCAUCAGAAUGAUGAUGUAGUCACAAGGAUGAAAAAUGUAGAAUUAAUUGAACUAGGCCGUCAUAGAAUAAAACCAUGGUACUUUAGCCCAUAUCCACAGGAGAUGGUAAAUUUAAAUUGUAUAUAUAUCUGCGAGUUCUGUCUGAAAUAUAGGAAGAAUCGAAAAUGUUUGGAGAGACAUUUAGUCAAAUGUAAUCUACGUCAUCCACCUGGAAAUGAGAUAUAUAGGAAAGGAUCUAUUUCAUUUUUCGAGAUUGAUGGUCGCAAGAAUAAGAACUAUGCACAAAACCUUUGUUUGUUAGCAAAGCUAUUCCUGGAUCACAAAACUCUCUAUUAUGACACAGAUCCCUUUUUGUUCUAUGUAAUGACAGAAUUUGACAGCAGAGGAUUUCAUAUAGUUGGCUAUUUUUCUAAGGAAAAGGGAUCGACAGAAGAUCACAAUGUAGCAUGUAUUCUAACACUGCCACCGUACCAGAGAAGAGGUUACGGCAAGCUCUUGAUAGAAUUUUCAUAUGAGCUAUCGAAAUUUGAAGGAAAGACCGGUUCUCCCGAAAAGCCACUGUCCGAUUUAGGUUUGCUUUCGUAUCGAAGUUAUUGGGCGCACACAAUACUCGAUAUCCUAUUAAAUUUAAAGCCUGUGGUGGAGAAUGAGAAACCACAGAUAACAAUAAACGAAAUCUCCGAGAUUACGUCGAUUAAAAAGGAGGACGUAAUAUCGACUUUGCAAAAUCUGAAUCUCAUUAAUUACUACAAAGGACAAUAUAUUGUGACACUAAAUAGGGAUAUUAUUGAACAACAUACAUCUGCGAUGGAAAAGAGACAGAUUAGGAUAGAUCCUAAAUGUCUGCAUUGGACACCGAAAGACGGAGUGUUAGGGCUAAAUGGUGAAAAAACCCUGAAAUGACAAUAAGUUGAUGCUGAUUUAUUUUGAAAUUAUUUUUCAGGAGAUUUCCAGAAGUAAUUACGGUUGAUGGAUAUGCAAAAGUUGUACAUAUUAAUAUACAUAUAUAAAUUAAUCUUUGACCUCUCAAUGGUCUAGCGUUUUAUAAGACUGUAUUUGGCAUUGUGUACGCUUAUCGCUAUGUAGAGACUCGUCGACGUAUGAAAAUUUUAAUUGUAGAGAAUUAAGGUCAUACGGCACGAGUGAUUGACGGGGUAAAAAAUAUUUGCUGUAAUGAUAUAUAUCUUAAAACCAAAUGCAAUGUUUUAAUAUGGUGGUUAGAAUUUUUUUAAAGGUGCGCAAAAACGACUGUUGUUGCUAUGCCAUAGUCGAUAUGUAUAAAAAAUCUAUUAAUUUUGUAGUAUUGUAAAUAAAUGUGAUUUUAUAACAUAC